AUGCAAACAGAUUUUGGAGAUGCCACUACUUUUUCCCUGAGGCCGGACCACAAGCGGAAGUUCCGACCGAAUGAUAUCCGCCCAGUUGUUCGUAGCCUUCUUGAAUCGAGGCUUGAGAAUGAAGUUUACAAGGCGGACGAGAUGCAGAGCAUUAGCAAAGAAAUUGCUGACGGCGUCCGUGAUCGGAUUCGGUCUAUGGAACUUGAGCGAUACAAAAUAAUGGUGCAUUGUAUGAUCGGGGAGCAACGUGGGCAGGGACUUCGCGCUGGUUGCAAAAUGUUUUGGGAUUCUGAUACGGAUGACUACUUUGAGGAGGUUUACGUGACUCAACAUCUCUUUGCUGUGGUGACGGUAUUCGGCCUCUAUCAAUAUUAA